GUUAGUGAUAAGUCGUCUAUUGACUACAACUUUUCGUAGAAGACUGACGUCUCAUAGGGUCUUGGAGAUUUUCGUCUCGUUACGGGCACAGUUAGUCAUAACCUGUCGUGUGAUACUGACGUAUACUUUGUGAUAUUUAGUGCAGUGAUAACGUUCAAUAUGUUUACUGUGAUAUUUUGUGAUUUGUGAUUCGUUAAAAAAUGACCAAGGUGUUUAUCUCCGAAGCGGAGACGAGCUGUGGAAUUCGAGCGAUGCGGGGCUGGUGUGCGCGCUGGAGCGGCGGUGGGCGCGGACGGCUGCGCUGGCUGGCCGCGCUGUUGUGCUGGGUGGCACUGGCAGCCGUGGCCCUGCCGCGCCUGCAAGCUCCGCCCGCGCCGCGACCCGCGCCGCCAGCGCCCCCUGCCCGCCUGCUGUUGCAGUCCGAGGCGGCCGCCUCCACUCCCGCGGUCAUCACUCCCGCUCUUCCAGCCACCGACACUAGGGUGCUCACCGAAGACGAGCUACGAGCCGACGCCGAGCGCAGACUGCCCUCACUCCCCCUCGCCUACUGGCACAAGCACAAGGACGAUAAAAACAAAUACUACAAAAAGAAGGACUGCGCGCCCUUCCCUUCGAUAUACGACUUAGAAUUCCAUAAUACGUACUGGCAGACUCUUCGGGCUAGCCAAGGCGUGUUCCACCUCUACGGCGCGUACAUGGACGCGCGGAACACGUCGCGCAUCGGGCCCGCGGUGCGCGUGCUCGCCGUGCACGACCGGAUUAAGCCCACGCUCGCAACGCACUGCCAGCUCUGGUUCGAGGAGCGCGAGGCGCCCGUCGUCGUGCGCAACCUCGAGUACAAGUACGUGUGGAACAGCAAGUGGGGCAACUACCGGGAUCACGUGCUGCAGCCCUACCUGCUGGCGUGCGUGCUGCCCGCCGAGGUGCGCCAUCUGGUACCGGCAUCCGUCUCCAUCGUGGAGAACCCCUGCGACAGGGCAACCAAUAACCUCCGCGUGCACUACGACCGGCCCACGCCGCCGACGCCAAGAAAGGAGUUUGCGGUGUGUGUCAAGGGGCUCGACUUUUUACACGAGGACCUCUCUGUCCGCCUCGUCGAAUGGAUAGAGUUGGUCCGCAUUCUCGGUGCCGACAAGAUAUUCUUCUACGAACUGCAGGUGCACCCUAACAUAACCAAGGUGCUGGACUACUAUAGAGCGCAGGGCGCGGUCGAGGUGACGCCGAUCACGCUGCCAGGCGGCCAGCCCAAUCUGCCCGGCCUGCAGCACAUGUACCUCAAGAAGAAGACUACACACAAGCGCCAGAUGGAGCUGAUUCCGUACAACGACUGCCUGUACCGGCACAUGUACGAAUACCGGUGGCUGGCGCUGCUCGACAUCGAUGAGGUGAUCGUACCGCUCGAGGACGAGGACUGGAGCGGGCUGAUGCGGCGCGUGCAACCGCUGGCCGUACCUGCAGCGGGCAAGCCGGCGCGCUCCUCCUACCACGCCUCUAAUCUGUACUUCCUGGACUCGCUACGUCACGAGCACGGUUGGGAGGAGGGCGUGCCUCGCUACAUGCACAUGUUGCAGCACGUGUACCGCACGCGCAACUUCACCAAGCCAGGCCAGUACGUGAAGGCGUUCCACGAGACGGAGCGCGUGCUGGCGCUGCACAACCACUUCCCGCUGGCGUGCCUCGGCGGUGCAUGCUCCUCGUAUGCUCUAGAGACGCGGCACGCACGGUUGCAGCACUACCGCGCGGACUGCGUCACCGCGCUCAGCAAAUCGUGCGGCGAGCUGCGCGCGCAACCCGUACGCGACACGGCGCUGUGGCGCUGGCGCGGUCCGCUGCAAGAGCGCGCCGAACGGGCGCUGCGCGAUCUCGCCUUCCUGCCGCCGCACCGGUGACCCGAGCCCGCCGCGCCCU